AUGUUCCAAGACCUCUCAGAAUAUAUCUUCAAGGAUGGAGACUACCCUGCUGCUCGUGGUGGGUUCGGCGAGAUCUGGAAAUGCACCUUUUACAUCAAUCCUAGCCCCGUCAAAAUCGCCGUGAAAACAUUGCAGGUGAUAUGCGCCAACCUCGAUCAUCCAAACAUCCUACGCAUCUAUGGUUAUACCCAUGGCUUCGGCCCAUUUCCAGCAAUAGUCAGUCUUUGGGCGGAGAAUGGCAACUUGACAGUCUAUUUGGAGCGUCAAGGUACGACUCUGACUCUCGUUCGGCGAUUCCAACUGCUAACGCAUAUCAUAGCUGGUCUGCGAUAUCUUCACGCCAACAAUGUCAUCCAUGGCGACUUUAAUGGGCCUAACGUGUUGAUCCAUGGUGAUGGCACUGCGUGUAUUGCUGACUUUGGCCUUUCCUUGAUGUACUCCGAGUUUAUAAGCGCCUCCCAGGCAUCCUGGACGUCCACGCUCAAAGGAAACAUGCGAUGGAUGGCUCCUGAGCUACUCGUAGAGCGGGAUGAUGGCUCUCAAGUUCGACCAAGCGAGCAGAGCGACAUGUAUUCGUUUGGCGGUGUCAUGCUGCAGGUCCUCACCAACAGAUUACCCUAUUAUAACCUCACGAACGAUGCCGCCAUCAUACUCUGCAUAGCCAAGUCGCAAACACCCUCUCGAUAUCGUUAUCCUGAGCUCCCUGAGCAAUACUGGCCAUUUAUCGAGCAAUGUUGGUCUAGUAAUCCUUGGGGCCGUCCCUCGGCGGAGGGAGCUGACGAAGCGAUCAGGAAUGAAUUUUCUUUGCUAUCCAGAUCUCAAUGAUUCUUGACUGCCUCGCAUUCAGAAAUCUGUUUACAGUACAGCCAGAUGAAUAGAUCUAGGUACUCAUGUAGGCUCAUUCUAUGAUCUCUCUUGUGAUAUUGACACGCUUGUGCUACGAUGAAGAACGUCAGUUGUAGGAUCAUUGUCGAUUAUUGUGUUCACGAAUUCUGCGACAAGCAUGUCGCAGGCGCCAGACGAGACCUGGUCGGAAUCGAAA